AUGAGGUCCAUGGCAGUUAUGACGAUGAUAUUUAAUAGUCUUAACAUUCCAUUGGCAGCCCACAAAACUCUGGGACCAUCCCAGGAGCUUGAAUAUUUGGGAGUUAUGAUUAACUCCAAGGACUUGUUAGCUUUCUUGCCCGCAAAUAAAAUAAGCAGGAUAAAGGAGAAGAUAUCAGAGUUUACUUCAAAGAAAUCAAUCACUAAACGACAGUUGCUCUCCUUGCUUGGUCAUCUAAAUUUUGAUGCAAGAGUCAUGUUACCAGGCAGGUCCUUCAUUGCCCACUUACUUAGACUGGCUUCAUCAGUGUCCAAAUUAACUCAUCAUGUCUCCUUGAACCAGGCUUGCCGUUUAGAAUUAUCCAUGUGGAAGUUAUUUAUGAAUUCAUGGAAUGGGAUUCAUCUGUUUUUGAAUUCGGGAGUGAUCAGUGCAUCUGACUUGCACAUUUAUACAGAUACAUCAUCUACCAAAGGUUUCGGAUGCUUCUUUCAAGGUGACAAAUGGCCUGAGGAAUUAAUUUUUCAACAACGUGAUGAACUAUCUAUGGCUCUGCUGGAGUUGUAUCCAAUUGUGAUAGCGGCAAUGCUAUGGGGACAGCAUUGGUCAAAGCAGAGGAUUUGUUUCAAUUGUGACAAUCAGGCAACAGUAAACAUAAUUAGGAAAGGCAGGGCAGCUUCACACUGCCAUGCAAUUAACACUCUUAUGCGACGAUUAACACUGACUGCCAUGCAACAUAACUUCACUAUACUGGCUCAAUUCCUCCCAGGGAAACAAAAUUCAAUUGCCGAUGCCUUAUCCAGUUUCCAAUUACAGAAAUUCCGAGAGCUGGCACCAGAUGCACAAGAGAACAAAUCACCUUGUCCACCAUACUGCGAAGUAACUCAGAUUUAG